AUGGCGAACGUCAAGCGACGUCUCGCUUUUACACUUUUGUCCUGCCUUCUGUUCGUUUACGAUGCGGCAGGUGACGGUCACUUGAUCAAUCCUGAUGGAAUAGACUGUGCAAGCUUCACCUACGACCAACAGACGGACACUUGCUGUCACAUGGACUGUGCAGGAGGAACAUGCCGUGGGCCGGGACCUAGACAAUGCACUGGAAAAUGUGGCACUUGGACGGAGGAUGCUGGUCCUGUAGAAAUUAUCGAGGGGAAAGGAUUUUACUUGACAGACGGCGAUGUUGGAACCGGAUCUAUGACUCAGAAGGCGGCUGUAGUCGUCCACCAUGAUGAUCCUCUUCCAGAUGAUGUCGACGAUCUCCUUCUUGACGUGGAUCUUACGGGCUAUUCGCACCUGAGCAAAACCUAUUACCCUAGUGAACAAAAGCUUGAAAUUGUGGGCGAAGAUGCGCCAUCUUUGUACGAAAAAAUACUCAACAUGGUUACAUUCGACAAUAAAGCAAACAAGCCAAGUGACCAACCUAGAAAAGUGUGCUUUGCGACAUUUGAUGGGAAACAUUCAAGUAGACUGUUCUGUGUCAACGUUGGUGUACAGUUAGUCAACAACCAUCCUCCAGAAAUAAAAGCAACAGCUCAUGGGGUGCCUUACCAAGAAGAAGGAGAUGCAGUUACAGUCCUUGGUGGUCUAGUUAUCACAGAUUUAGACCAUCCUGAGUUGCAACAGUUUUACAUGCAUAGUGCAACGGUGACGGUCGAGGGUGGAGUUUCAACAGACCAAGUAUAUGUUGAUGUAACACAAAGCAAUGGUGCAAUAACUCUUCCUCAAGGCAACGGGAGGACUGAAGUUAUUCUCAGAGGUCCUGCUCCUUUGAGCGUAUUCGAAACAGUUCUGCUAACAACAAAAUUUGAAUCUGCUGAUGACGAGCCAAACUUAAAUGCAAGAGAGAUUCGAUUCAAUAUUAAUGAUGGCAUACAUCAGUCUGACGACACUGUCCGAGUGGAAGUCCAAGGCAUAAAUGAUCGAAAGCCAGAGAUUAUGCCGGGAUCAACUGAAAACCCAUUCAAGGAAGAAGAAAGAACACCAGCAAAGAUUACUCCCAGCCUUAUAUUGGACGACCCAGACAAUGACCCUGUUGACUACAUAUUUAAUGUCACUGUGUCCAUUUGCCAGGAUGGUGUCUGUCCAGACAGGAUAGACUGGUCACCAGACAUUGCAUUUGAGACUUUGAAUGUGACAAGAGAUACAGCACUUGAAGUGACAUAUGGUCAACAAAAUGGAAGAGACGAUUACACUCGACUAGUUAUCACAGGCAAAAAAGAUAAAGCUGAGUAUCAGCGAGUGCUUCGAACAUUGGCGUAUGCCAACAGUCGCGGUAACAUCAGCUGUCCAAUCAGUCGAAUCAUUUACAUCAUGGCAUCAGAUGGAAACAACAGUGGAAGUGCAAGGACAACUGUCAGAAUAGAGUUCACCAAUGAUCAUCCACCAGUUGUUUCUGCCACAAUAGUGUCAUUUAUGUUCAAGGAAGAUGGCACAGGAGUAAACUUUGCACCUGACAUUGAACUAAGUGACCCCGACGAGCGCUGCAACACCAGUAUUCUCAAAGAACUUCAAUUUCAAGUUCACAACUAUGAUGUUGGUCAUGAAAUAAUGGCAGUAGAUGAGAUAUUGGCACAAGAGUUGGGUAUCGAACAUAGGUUGGAAACACAAGGUGAUCUUGUAGCUUUGGUAUUGGAGGGAGUUGCAGAAACAAGAGACUACCAGAAAUUGGCUCGAACCGUGGCGUACCAAAAUACAAAAGAUGAGCCAACUCUCAUCACGCGGGACAUUUCGGUUCGAGCAGGCGAUGGUGAAAAGUUUAGCAACAUUAUCCACGUCAAUGUAUCAAUUAUGCCAAGGAAUGACCAGGAACCCCUACUUCAGCUUCGUGAAUCAAGUUUCACAUAUACAGAAAAUGGACUCGAUGUCAUGUUGGGACCUGCCAUGUUAACUGAUGCUGACAGUACACCGAAAGAUCGCAAUAUUAUUUGGAUGUCUGUCACUCUGAGGAACAAACAAGAUGGAGAAAAAGAAGAUUUGAAGUUUGAUAAUACUAUUGUAGAACGUGAAAAUGCCAUCACCGUUGGAGCUGAUGAUGAUGGAUUCCGGAUUGAAGCCAUUGACCAGAUAAAUGGAGCACCAAUUGAGCUAUUCGAUGAAGUAAUUGAUUCCAUCUAUUACUCAAAUAUUGCAAGUAAUCCAGUCCCAGUUGGUGAGCCUACAGGUGGAGAUCGUGAAAUUCUUUUCCAGAGACAACAUAUCAAUAUCAGCAGAUAG